GAAUUGUAUAGCCUGAGACUGUCACUGUAGAGUUCGCCAUCUUGUUUUACGGCCGUCGGCGACCCGAAAAUAUCGUUUCUCUGGUCGCAAAAUCACCUUCCUGUCAACAUGCUGAGACCGGCAAUACUCCGGUUAGGACAGGCAAGCAUGCUGGCAACAAGAGCGCCGUUUAAAUCACAAGUUAGACAUUUGGAGUUCCCGUACCGAGGCAUGAUCACCGCCAGACCAGGUCUGCAGAGAAGGGCUGACGCUCUGAUGGGGUUUUUCUGGUUCUGGAUCCUGUGGCACACAUGGCACUCUCCUGAGGACAUCUUGGGUCAUUUCCCUUGGCCAAGGGCAGAGGAGUGGUCAGACGAGGAACUCGGAAUCCCUCCGCUGGAUGAGGAUGACUGAUAACAUAACGUUACAUCAACACAAAAAUAGCUGCUCUGUUAUGUGAUAUACCACGAAUUACACACCAUCAACUUUGUUCGAACUCGUCUUGUUGACAACAACUUGUCCCCUCAUCAACAGACAAGAACAUACAUAUGUAUGCUACUAUUGCUACAGGAUUGAAAUAGCAGACUGUAGGGAAGUUUAACAUAUGGCAGAUAAACAUGAAGUAUUCUUAGGAAUAAGAUUAGGUUCAAGAGAAGAUGAAUAAAUCUAUCACAGAAA